CCUCUGUCCGCCCGAGCACCAAGGGCCGGGCUCCUCUUUGGCUGACCGGCCGUCACCAGCUGCGCUCCCAGGGUGUCCUCUCUGCUCGCAAUGCCACCGCCGCCGGGUGACGUGACUGCCUUGUUCCUGGGGCCUCCGGGCUCAGGAAAGUCCGCGCUCAUAGCAGCGCUGUGUGACAAGGAUGUGGAGACCGUAGAGAUCCCCGAGGGACGGCCGAACUCCGGGAUCCCCAGCCUGAGAGCGGUGGGCCCCGGCCUCUUCCUCGGCGAGUUGAGCUGCCCACCCGCAGCGCCUGGGCCCUGGGCGGCCGAGGCCAACGUGCUGGUACUGGUGCUACCCGGGCCUGAGGGGAACGAGGAACCCUUGGCCCCAGAGCUGGGAGAGGCAGCGCGGGCCGCCUUGGCCAGAGGGACCCCGCUGAUGGCUGUGCGAAACCUCAGUCCGGGGGAUUCACAGCGUGAGGCCCAAGCCCGCGAUCAGACAGCCGCGCUGCUGGACAGCGCAGGGCUGGGAGCCGCAGCUCUCUUCGUGCUACCUAAGGACUGCCACCGCAGUGACAACUGCGAGGAACUAGAGCGUCUCAAGGCUGCGCUGCGGAGCCAGGCAGAGGCGCUGCAGAGGCUCCUACCUCCUGCUCAAGAUGGUUUCGAGGUGCUGGGAGCUGCAGAACUGGAGGCUGUGCGAGAGGCCUUUGAGACCGGUGGCCUGGAGGCUGCGCUGUCCUGGGUGCGUGCAGGUCUGGAGCGCCUGGGCAGUGCGCGGCUGGACCUGGCGGUGGCCGGCACCACUGGUAUCAGCCUUGUGCUGGACACACUGCUCGGGUUAGAUCCUGGUGACCCAGGGGCCAUGCCUGCCUCAGCGCCCACGGGGCCCACCCCAUGGCCGACCCCGGAGCGCCCCAAUGUUGUGCUCUGGGCGGUGCCUCUGGGCUCGGCAGGCACGCCCUCUGACACCACCCCUCACGCGGCCCACUACGAUGCCCUCAUCCUUGUCACUCCCGGAGCCCCCACGGAGAAGGACUGGGCCCAGGUCCGCGCCUUGGUGUCGCCAGAUGUGCCUCUUGUCUGCGUGCGAACAGACUGUAAGGGCGAGGACCCCGAGUUUCUGGAGGAAGAGGAAAAGGUGGAGAAUCCCAGAGGCCAGAGCUUGGGGAACACAGGCGAAGAAGGGGCACUGGGAAGAGCGCUCAAUGAGGAGGAGAGGAGUGGCGCUGGAUCGCAGAAAGCCGGCGGCCAGAAGUCGCCGCAGGUGGAUGGCGCCAACACCCAGGGCAGCGGGGAUGCUGGGCGUGCAGCCCCUCUGAGCCCCGAGGAUGAGACGUGGGAGGUGCUGGAGGAGGCGCCGUUGCCAGUGUUCCCCCUGCAGAAGGGGCACUGGGAAGAGCGCUCAAUGAGGAGGAGAGGAGUGGCGCUGGAUCGCAGAAAGCCGGCGGCCAGAACGCUGGGUGCCCUCUCCUUCUUGUGGCCUGCGGGUGGCGCUGCGGCGACAGGCGGUCUGGGGUACCGCGCCGCACACGGCGUCCUGCUGCAGGCUCUGGAUGAGAUGCGGGCAGACGCUGAGGCGGUGCUGGCACCUGGUGAGCCAGCCCAGUAAGGGGUGGGGUAGGAUGGGGUCCUGGGCUUCCAGCUCGGGUGGGGGUUUGAAAGCCUGAACCUGACGCAAGGGGGAGGGGGGAGUCUGCUACUGGGAGUCUUUGCACUUGGGGGUGCAGGCCCCGACUUCUGGUUGGGGUGUGUGGCGUCCUAAAGGUGAGCAGAACUUGGGGGGAGCGGGAUUUCUGAUUUUUCUGUGGACCCGGGAGUAUACUAUCCAGACUCCUGGAGGGAGUGGUACAUCCUUGUCUCCAGCUACCUUACAGGACGUCUGGUUUCCAAGGGAGACAGGUUAAAAGCCUUGCUUCCUGAGGAGGCCCACAGCUGGGGACCUGGACAUCAGUAUAGGAGCCUGGGUGCUCCAGGGAGCCAGAAUCCUUGGGCUUCCGGAUCUGACAGGGAAACGGCCUAAGUUUGAAUCUUCAUGGGGUGGGGGGUUGCCUGAGGUCUCAGAGGACUGUGCUUUGGUUGCUAAUUCUUGAGCGUUGGGAAGUCUACGUCUGGAGACGUAGCACGGGGCGGAUGGCAGAGCUGUGGACCCCUGGGUCUCCUGGGGAGUGAAGGGAUGUCUGACACUGUCUGGGGAUCUGGUGUAAGAAGGAUGAUCACAACAGAAAUGGAGAGAAAGGGCUAGAGGUCUGAACUUGAUGGGCCCUGAGGGUGGGGAGACCAUGAGCGAGGCCUGCAUGUGGCAGAGUAAGAACUUGCACUUCAAAGCUGCCUCCCACAGGUCCUAGGUGAGCUUCAUCCUGUACGUCCUGAAAGAGCAGCUGCCUCUCUUUCUGUGAGUUUGACUGGGGAGGCACAAGACUGCCCCCAUCUUUUAGGUGCUAAGUAAUGCAGAGGAUCUUGGGUGUGCGUUUCUCUCCUUCAUGGUGUGCUUUUGUUUUUGUUUUGUCUGGGUUUAACCCUUUUGGCCUUGGUGUUUUGUGGACCUACCUGCCUUUUUGGAGAAGCGGCUGUCCUGCUGCGCUAGUCCAGACAUCUUGAUGGGACCUCCCUGAGAGGCUAUCAUCUGGUUACACAAAGGAUGUGUCUUUGGGCACGGCUCCCCCAGAAUGGCUGGGCAGGCAUCACAGACUGUGGGAGCAAAUGUGAACCUGCCAGGCAGGACUGAGGCAAAGGCAGAAAAAAACCACAGUGCCUGCGAUGUUCUAGGCCACAAGUUACAGGAUUUUUCAAUGCCAAAACUGGAAAAAGGGAAGAGGAGAGCAAGUCUAGAGAGAGCAGGCCAGAGGUACAGCUGCACAAAGCAAAGCUCUGUGUGGUCUGGUCCCUGCCUUUUCUCAGCCUCUACCCCAUCUCAACCCCAACCAGGCUGAGAGAUGUUUCUGAUGUUUGAAUAGGUCACACUGAGUUCUGCCUCAGGACCCUUGCACUUGCUGUUCUUUCCUGAAGUGCAGUGCCCCCUCAUCUUCCCACGAUCGGCUCCUUGUUCAUAAGGUCUCCACUCAAAUGGUCCCUCAGAGAGGUCUUCUGUAUUCACCCUCACGAAAGCAGCUUGUACACCCCCAUUUCUCAUUCUGGCCAGUUGAUUUUUUUUAGGAAAUAUUACUAUAAAAAUGAUGUUAUUUAUUUGCCCAUUUAUUGGCUGUUGUUCCUUUGCCUGUCGUGUUCCCUGGUGUACUGCCAGCGUAAAACAUUGCGUGACACUCUGCAGGUGAUUAGUGACUAUUUAUUCAUUGAUCAGUGGCAGAACUAAGGCUAGAAUUUAGAUUGUUACCUUUUUGUCACAGAAAGGACAAAGGAAUAAGAGCUGGAGAAGAAGCAGGCAUUAAAUGGAAGCGAACAUUCCAGUUUGAGGUCAGGGGACCUAGGACACAAGUGUGGUUUUGUCACUGUCAUUCUGGGUCACGUGGGCCGGUGCCUUAUUUGCCCAUCUCUGGACUGAAAGGGCUGGGCCCAAACCACAAAUACUUCCAGAAUCCUAUUUCUUUGACAGCUGAAGGCAGUGAGUUGCGGGGUGGCACCCCCUUAUGCAGUUUGAACUCUCACCUCCAGCACAGCUUGUCCCCCUUGGUCGAGAUGGCCAGGAGGGGAAAGCACUUGACCUUGUGCUGAAUGGCUACUCGGCUCCUGCAGCCUUAGAGGAAGGGGAUUCACUUGAGUCCAACAUCCCUCCUGGUCUCCACAGGGUGGCGCUGGAGCCCCUCAGGCAAGCGUGAGAAAGCAGCUGUCUGACAGAAACAUAGGUCACUGAGUGUCCUAGAAGCCGAAGCAGAAGAGUAGCCGUGCAACUCACAGCAGUGUGUCAUAGUUACCCCAUAUUAUCAUUUCAACAUAUAAUCAGUGUUUUAAAGAUACUGAGAUCCUUUAUCUUUUAUGCUAAGUCUUCAAAAUUUGAUAGGUACUUUACACUUAGAGCGCAUCUCAAUUCGGAGAAGAAAUUGUCAGGGUCGGUGCUGGACUUCUAUUUAUACUUUGUAAGUUUAUAAUAAGAGAAGUAGAUUCACAUACCAAGGUUGCCCCCGUGAUACCGACUAGUUUAUCAGUAAUGGAUAUGAGUAUCAUGUUCAAGUGAAUUAAAAGCAAACAGAAACAAAAUUCAGUUUCUCAGUUGCGCUGGCCGCGUUUCAAGUACUCCUCUGUGGCUAGAAGUAUUGAGUGGUCCAGACUUAGGACAUGUCUGAGGAGAGGAAACCCUAUUAGCAUAGCUCUAGGGUCACUUUGGAGAUGACCUUGGGCAAGUCACACAGCGAGUGGCAUCUACCUCACACCGUCCCUACGAGAAUUCACUGUCCGUGCACACACGCAUACACAC